CCAGUUACCCAGACUCAGCCCACCCCCAACUUUGGGGGUUCAGGAGACAGCCAUGAUGCUCAACUGGAAGCUACUGGGGGUCCUGGUCCUUUGCCUGUACGCCGGAGGCAUCUCGGGCAGCGGAGACCACCCCUCUCUCCCACACACAGAGGCCCGAGAGGAGGAGGGCUCCCCACCAUUGCCUCAUGGCCCCCCAAUCCCCGGUGACCCCUGGCCAGGGGUACCCCCUGUCUUUGAGGACCCCCCACCUCCAGGCCCCAAUCAUCCCUGGAGAGACCUGCCUGAAUCUGGAGUCUGGCCUCCUCAGCCGCCUACAAACGAUCCCCCUCAACCUCCCCGGCCAGAUGACCCCUGGCCGGCAGGACCCCAGCCUCCAGAAAACCCCUGGCCUCCUGCCCCUGAGGUGGACCACAGAUCUCUGGAGGAGCCAGACCUUGACCCACCCCGGGAAGAGUACAGAUAAGGGGAUUCCCUAGAGGCGUCCUGGGCCUCCAGGCAGAGUGUACCCAAGCCCAUCUCUACCCUUCUGAUUCCCCUGAAUUCUCCCCAAUUUAGCCUGACUCCUUAUUCCCUUCCUCAUUCUUUCAAUUUUAUUCUGAACCCUGAAGUGUCAUUCCCAAUAUUUUCUGCCCCCUCUUGAGAUCCAUACUCAGUCCUCACAUUUCCCCUCCUUUUUUCUCUCAGAGCUGAAGCACACAGCUCUACCUCGUGUUCAGUCCUCUCCCUGCUAC